UUCGCAGAGCUACGCGAGGCUUUUUCUCUUUUUGACAAGGAUGGGAGCGGCACUAUAUCAAAUGACGAACUGGAGGUUGUAAUGAAGUCAUUGGGACAGAACCCAACUCAAAGCGAAUUAAAAAAGAUGAUACAAGAAGUCGACGUGGAUGGUAUUAACUACGUUUUUCUGAUGUUAAAUUUGUUUUAAAACGUUGCACCUUAUUUUUAAUGUAAACCAAAAAAGUGCUAGAUAUAGGCACGUCAAUAACAUGGUCAAACUGAAAGAAAGAUCCUUAUUAUCUCAGUAUAUUUAAAAUUGCUGGAACCAAGCAGUGACUGAAUUGGCUGCUGUCGCGGAUUAUUAACAAAAACACACACGUUUUAAGAGUCGUUCUUGGCGGAUACAUCAUUCACAUUUUAUGAUAUAGCUUCCAAGUCGAUCUAAUAUUUUGCUUGCCUUUGCAAAAUAUUUUGUGACACUGGUAAAUUUCCGGGUUUAUAUAGAAAAAACACGGAGAAAUUAAUCUCUAAGCGAAUUACUCCCCGUUGACAAACUUAUUAUAAUUGAAACUGUUCUAAAGUAGCUAAGGCUGAAACAACGAGCAACUUUAGAACCACUUUCCGGCUGCAAUAUCUGACAUAAACCUUUAUGAAACUGAAAAUACGUGAAGAGGUCAGUUUAUUUUCGUAAUAAAUGGCAAACUGAUGCAAAGCUGUCAUUUCAACUUUCAUACUCGGUUCAACCAAAUAAGUUUCAGAUUAGCAUGACAAAAGCUUGUCAUUGAUUUCUGAUUUCCACACACUUGUUCCGUUCUGAUGUGAAGCCAUCGAUUUUCUUCUAUAUAGUAACGUUUUCUUGGCUAUUUUAUAUAUAUUUUGAAAAGAGCUAACAAAGACGGCGAUUUCGGCCAAAUUUUCCUCAGAUUCGCUUAAAAUGAGAGCGUUGCCCAGUACUGGUUGCAAUUGGCUCGCGAGCAAAAAUAAAUAUCUUGCCCCCAAAGCCGGGCUCAACCACUGAGCUCAUAGUAUGUUACUUAACAAGUAAAAACGAACAUAUCAAAACCGACUGAAAUCCAUAUAAAAUCGUGUACGUUUGCAAAGGCUUUUUCAAUUAAGUGAUCGAUUAUCUAAUGGAGUAAACUCACGGCAACGUAGAAGGCCUUAAUUAAAAAGUUUAUAUUAGGGUUAGUACGUACGGAAAUGGGCAUCUUCCAUGUUUGCCUUAAAACGCCAUGAAGACUUUUUGCGGCUAAGCGGCAUAAGUUCAGUUUAUCAUCGUCCGUUGACAUAAAUAAAAAUAAUGGAUUGAUAAAUUAAAUUCCUCAAUUCUCUUUUGUUUUUAAGCCCAAUUACAUUAGGUAUAAAGUCGACACCCACAUAUCUAUUAAAAUUUAGCCUAAGAAGCAAUAGAUUGUUUUGCUGUUGUAUACUGUUACAACAGUUUUCGAUAUAAAAAGACAAGAUUAAGCGCUUACCCACGUAAAGUUAAAUUUAAUUAUACUGGAUAGCCUUCAAAAUGACAGCAAAAACUAGAUUUUAAUAGCUUUGAUUUUUUUUAUUAUUUAUUAUUUUUAUUUAUUUAUUUAUUUACAAAAAAUAAUUACAAAUACGUGUUCUUUUAACUAUUCAAAACUAUUGUCUUUUUCACAGCGGGCUGAAAAUAAUAAAAAGAAAAAAACUGAAUUCGUAAAGGAAAGAAGCGAAAUUAAAAGGAAAAAGACGGAAACCUAAUAAGUGAAACAGUAGAGCAGUAGAGUGUAGCUUAAAGGAACAGAUGUGAUACCUAGAAAAAAAAGGUCUCUCGUGAUGGAAAACAGUUGGUUCAAGCUUAGAUUAUCCGCGCCGGAAGCACGCCAACUACGAUCCAUCUUUAGUUUUAAAUUUUUUGGAUAUCUUCAGUGGCAUGACUUCCGUCCAAACGAUGUGGUGCUUUUCGAUUAAGGCGGCAGAAACUUAAAAACCUUUUGCUGGUUAUCUGGCAAGUCCCUCGAACAUUCUGUAAAAAACUGAAAUUUCGAUUCGUCCUUUUGAACUUGUCGAAACAUUAAGCUUCGAGCAAACUGCUGAAAAUCGGCCUGCAAUUCCUUAGUCUUAUAAAAAUGUUUUUUUAAAUUUAUUUUUGCUCCGAAAAUUAGGGCCUUUUGGGAUUUCGAGAGUUUUUUAUAAUCGACAUUGAGGACUCCGCUUGCGAACGUGAUGUCGGAUCGGAGACGGAGAGACUGGAGAGAGAUCAUCUGUUCGGAGCAUCCCUACCAGCGUACAUGGGAGAGAUAAACUGAAUGAUGAUGAUACGAACCAUUUAAAUGUGAGAACUUCAUUUUAAAGAAGUCUUAAUUCUGGGAAUUCUGGUUGGACUAGCACAAAUUAUGUUCAGUUUCUUUUAAAAAAAAAAACAUUAUAGGAGGUUAUUAUUUAUCUGAAAUAAUAUAAAAUGCGAACUCGUGAUGUCUAAAAGGUGUUUUUAAGAUUUUUCAAUCAAUUCAAUUACGGUCCGAGGAGAAAAUAGUUUCCUCUUAUUGAUUUUACCAGUGAAGAAGGAAGCCCUUAAGUCUAGCAAGCUAACGAUACUGCUGAUCAUAAACAGAAAAAUGAAAAUAGCACUGAUGGAAUAAUUAUAACAUAACGUGCCGCCCAUCAUUAAUUCAACCAGCGUGUUGACUAUGCACGGAUAGAGUACUGCGAUAAGGUCACGUUCAGAUUGAAUUUAUCAUUGAUAAUUGGCAUACAUUAUGGUAAAAACGUGAGUUGAAUAGAACGGAUGAUAUUUCCUCUCCGGUAUGAAUUUACUAAGUAUCUGCAAAACGAAGGGUUUGUGAAAAAAGAAAACGGACAAACACGCUCCGGAAAGAAAAGGAAAAAGAAAAGAUGACCCAAGAUCAGAUCAAAAAUCCGGAUCUUUGGGAUUUUUCUUUAAGGAAAGAAGUGAUGUAUCUAAAAAAGGAUUAUUCUUCAUUUAUUUCCAUAUAAACGACCCACAAUAUCAACGGUAUUUCGGAGAAAAAAUAACACGGCUACGGACAGUGUUGCUAGUUUGCCGAUCUUUCAUUUAGCUGAAGGAGACUGUUUUAGACGGGCCAAAUGAAGACGAGUCUUUCGGUUAGAUAUGCCUGGAAAAGUAAGUCUUGUAAGACGCGCCGGCGAAGUUGUGUAGCUGAAUUUUGUCCUUGUGAACUAGAACAAUGCCUGUUUGUUUUGCAAUUUUACCACCCAAAUAAAACGGACAAAAUUGAUUGUAGUCAAACAGCCGAUAUAUGUAUUAAAAUUGUUUCGUGUUACCACUGGCAGUAUUCAAUCUUUUUGGAUCCGUAGCAAAGAAGCGCUUCGGAGCACGUAUCCAAAAGUAUCCCGUUUUGAAUAUGAUCCAAAGAAUCCAUACGUCCAUUAUGGAUAAUUUGGAAAUCCGUUUUUGGAUUUUAGUAAAAGCAACGAACUAUCCGGUGGGAUAAAACGUCCGGAUUUGGAUUUUAGUAAAGAAACACAGCCUAAGGCCUGCAUCUAAGCCAUUUAUGGUUUUUAUGUACAUUUUCCAAAUUAAAACUACUGUCAAAGACAUCCACGAGAAAUGAUAGAUGGUAAACUAAACUAGCUAUAAACUAAAAAAGAUUUGAGAAAAAAAUGCAAAUUAUUUGGUCACGUGACCGAUUACGCUCUCUGUUGUUCGAAGAUGUAACCAAGGAGUAGCUCAAGUUUCUCUGCAUCUAAAAAUUGACCCUACAAAGUAUCUAAAAUGGUUCGAAGCGUUAAAAUUCGCAGGUGCAAUUGGUGUUCAUUGACUAGUGCCAGUUCUCCUCUUACUAGAACGUUCGUGAGGAGAAAGACUUAUUGAUCUCGUCUCAUUCCGACCGUUUUUACGAGAAGACUAUUAGUAGCCAAUUUUUUUGACCUACAAAAGGAAAACAGUUUGCUCUAAGUAUCUGAUGGGAAUGUCGACUCAAGGAUUUCUCGAUAAAACAGGGCGAGGCUGGUAACGUGAUUCAGUUAUAAACAAUUUUUGAUGGGCCUUAAAUUAUUAGUCAUGGGAUAUCUUAAAAAUACUUUACAUUACACCACCCCCCUUUAAAAAUUCUGAGCAAUCUGUCAAGAGCCAGGCCUUAACCUACUUGAGUACGAGAUAAAUUUCAUUGCGAUUUAAACAAUCGCUCCUCACUAGCUCUAUAGGAAAGGUAUAGGGGCAAGAGAUGAGGAUUUAAAUUUUGGUAUUAGAGUUUGAAGGGUUAAUUAACCCUUAAGAUUGGAUAUUAGAAAACCAGAUUUGACUCUCCCGAUAAAACUUGGAGUAAAUUGCAAACGUCAAGUCAAUGAUUUAUUAUUCUCAUGCAGAUAAAACGCUUUUUCUAAGACUCUUUGAAACUCGGAUAUGGCCUAUUGAAAUACUAGUCUGUUGUACUGAGUGAAUUGUAGGAAACCCAAUGCAGACACAAUCAAGUUCCUAUAGAUUCCUUCACAAUGUGUUCACGCCUUAGCAAUUUUCCUAGCCUCUUUUGUGUUUUUGACGUCGCUUUGUCUGCACUUAACUACUCAUUACAACUCUUAAUCUACCCUUCUUUGUUCACUUCCAAUAGUACAGACACGGUUUGAGUUGUGUUGAAAUAAAAAAGAGUUAACUUAACAUCGAUGUUAUAUCAGACUGAUCGACUUGGAAAUAAGGUGCUCAUGGUUAUUAGGCAAAAAGUCAAAAAAUGCCAGAACGAGACUAAACGUACCAAUAAAAUGAAAGACAUGAAGUUCAUUUAUUUUCCUUUCUUAUUUUGCACUUAAUUGAAUUGAUCCCGGAAGUCUGAGAAAAACAUCUAGUAUGACUUUCCGUUUUCAAGAUAUGGAAACCUGAAUAACUGUCUUAGUAUUAAUAGGUAAUCACAUGAUGAACAAGCACGAGUAAAUUUUUCAGAGACCAUCAAAAGUGCAGUGGGGCAAGCGAGCUCAUCUAAAAUUCUGGCGCAUCACGGCCUCGCCCAGCGCUUAUUUGGUUUACUCUCGCUCGUUGUCGUUUGCUUCCAUUUAUAUUAAGAUAAUGGGAAAAGGCCAAGGUCACUUGUAUUCUGUGUCUAUAUGAAAAUACAUAAUUGAUUUGGAUUGCAAGGAGCUGACUAUUUGGAUCGAUUAUUAAGACCUGGAUACAUCAACUUAAUCAUGAAAGGACGCAACAAUUAACCUAAACUUUCUAUUAAAAUUGUCCUUUAACAUUUUUUCCCUGGUCGCUCGCUUGGUCGCGCUGCGCGACCUCGUUGAAGCUCGCUUCCCUUGCUAAGACUUAUGAUAGGUCGACUUGUAGCAAGUGUACUGUUAACCGUCUUCUCAAGCUCAUCUCAGUCAGUUAUUUUUCCCCUAGGGAAUGGAGAGGUAGACUUCGAAGAAUUCUUACUGAUGAUGAAAAAACAAAUGAUGUCUCGAGACGCCGACAGCGAAAUGCUUGAAGCUUUCAAAGUUUUCGACAGGAAUGGGGACGGACAGAUCAGGUGAGAUCUAUAGACAAGAUGAGGUUCUGUCACAUUCCUCACCCGUAAAUCUCUUGAAUUAUGCUAUACCAUCUUCCGAAUUAGCGAAUUUGCGUUUGUGGUCUUUAAGGGUAUCAUUUUAAGUUCCUGCUUUACUUGGUCAUACUCAAACGCAGCUAUAGCCAGUUAAAAAGGCAGUUGUAGGGAACAGUCCUUCUUCAAUUCUUAUAAAAGUGGUCUUUGCCAUCUGGACUAACAAAUUACAGCUAUGUAUCUGAGUUCGGUAACAGAAUGUGGCCUCAGACGGGCUAAGAGUAAAAGAAAAAGAACGUUUUCUUAAUAACUUUCAAAAUAAAUGGCGAUUGUACAAUAUUUUCCAUUUGUCUUUGUUUAUAGUCCAGGCGAAUUAAGAAAUGUAAUGACGAGUUUGGGGGAGAAGUUGACGGAGGAAGAGCUUAGUGAAAUGAUGAAGGAAGCUGAUCUUAAUGGAAAUGGUUUUAUUGAGUUUGAAGGUACACUUUAGUAUUAAAUCUUAGUCUGCCCUGGUAGAGUACCCUUUGGAAUUCUUUGUGCGAAUAUACAACCCUUUUUUCCUCUUUGAGUGGAAAGUGGGCGUUUUUUUUCCCCGCUCUCUUUUACACAAGUAGAUGCUUGUUAGAUUAGCCCCUGAUAUUCGCCCCCCAGAUUAACCCCUGAUAUUUCCCCCCCAGAUUAGCCCCUGAUAUUCGCCCCCCCCGAUUAACCCCUGAUAUUCGUCCCCCGAUUAGCCCCUGAUAUUCGCUCCCCAGAUUAACCCCUGAUAUUCGCCCGUACAAUGUAGAUUAGCCCCUGAUAUAGACCAAUAUUAUUAUUGCACGAUGGUUUGUUUCAUUACAGAAUUUGUUCACAUGGUGUCAAAUAUUUCCAAGAACCCAGAAGGACCUCCUCAGUAUUUGCUGGCUACGAAAUAG